GAGGCAACCACGGAUGUUUUUGACAACACAGUUCUCUUGGCAAUUGCGCAUUAUUUUCGUUAAAAAAGUUAGAUUAACCUGAAUUCUACCUGGUUAUAGAUUAUUUUUUGUUUAGUCAGACCAAAGACACGAGUUUCUGAGCUCUGAUUUACACGUCCACUGACUGUUAUACUUAUAGCUCUAAGUAGGCUGGUCAUGGAAAACUUUGGCAACUUUCGUCUGGUAGGUUUGGCAAUAUGUGCGUGUGGUUAAGUAAGUGCUUUCGUGCUUCAUCUGGACUUGUCAGUGUCAGUGUACAGUACCACUAAUGCUCUUAUAUAAAGUUGUUCAAGUAAAGUAGAAGAAUGUCCGCGGCGAGCGCAUCCUCGGCAGCAGUGGACCCCUCAUCUCCUCCGCGAGUGAGACCCGGCGGCUCGCCCCCAGCCUCCUCUUCCUGCAUCACUAACCCUGGCACGGCCCGGUGCCAGCCUAUCCGUGCCACGGUGCCGUACCAGCUCCUGAGUGGAAACCAGCUCAGCCCAACCCGCUCCGUUUCCUCCUCCUCCUCCUCCUCAGUAGCAGCCAAGAGCCACACAGUACCGACGACGUCCCGCUGCUCCAGUCCCGCUCACCCGGGUGGAAGCGCCUCGGACGGCAGGCUGGUCCCCUGGCACAGGCUCUCUCCGCCGGACAGGACGAGCUCACCAGAGGGCCCCUCGUCUUCGCCGUCAGUCAAAGUUGAAAGGAACAGACCCCAGCAGCAGACGGGCUCUGGGGUGAUCCGCCGCACCUCAUCUCUGGGAGCCAUCACCGGGCCCUACCUGACUGGACAGUGGCCCCGGGACCCUCAUGUGCCCUACCCCUUGUGUAUGAGAGAUAAGUCCACACAGACUCCUGGAUGCUGGAGUGAACACAGUGCAGAGAAGAGGAGCCACCAACACUCGGCAUCCUGGGGCAGUGCUGAUCAGCUCAAAGAGCUAGCCAAGCUUCGGCACCAGCUCCAGCGCAGCAAACAGGGGGGUCGUCCUAGUAAAGACAAAGACCACCUGUCCCCCCACCACUACCACCCUCCUACCCCCCAGAUCUACAACAGCUUGUACCCCAGCCACACAGCAUCUGCUCUGGAGGGACAUCCACAGCAGCAGGCUUCCAUGUCGAAGUCGGCCCAGAUGCCACUGUCCAACAUCACGGUGCCAAAGCCCUCGAUCUCCAGGGUCCCCAGCAGCAUGGAGGGCAUCAACCACGAGCUGGAGAAGGUCUUCAUCCGGGACAACGGGGACAAAGAGGAGCUCAAGUCCCUGGAGGUCCCAGACGGGCGUCGCGCUCCCUUUCCCCCUCAGCAGCGCAGCAGUAGCAGCCGCAGUGUGGACACUCAGACCCCCUCUGCUCCGGGACGCUCCAGCAGCUGCUCCAGCCUGUCCCCCUGCCCCUCGCCUGCAUGCCCUCCCGGAGGAUCACACGACGGCAGCCCCUAUUCCACAGAUGAACUGCUCUAUGACAGAGAUAAAGACAGUGGAAGCAGUUCUCCUCUGCCCAAGUUUGCAUCUUCGCCCAAACCCAACAACAGCUACAUGUUCAAGAGGGAGCCUCCAGAGGGCUGUGAGAAAGUCAAAGCCUUUGAGGAGAGUUCUAGGCAGUCCACGCCAGCCUCCGUGCCUCUCUUCUCCUGCCCCGACAAGAACAAGGUCAACUUCAUCCCCACAGGCUCGGCCUUCUGCCCCGUCAAACUGCCCGGCUCGCUGCCCCUGCCCCCCACCGCUGAGGACCGUGAGGGGGGGGCAGCAGCCGCUCUGCACGGGCCCCCCACACAGGUGUCCACCAGCACCAGCACGGACGACCCACCCGAGGACCCCCCCACAGAGACUGAUGCUCCCCAGACAGAUGAUGCCGCAAUCAGCUAGGCCACGAACCAAAACCCCCCAAUACUGACUGCAACUAGGGGGCGCUCUGUCUCUCUCUCUCUCUCUCUCUCUCUCUCUUUCUCUCUUCCUCUCUUCAAAACCCCGCGAUCUCUGCAUGGCGUAGCAACUAUGUCCCAGUAACCACACUCACCACAACAGACUGGCCACUGGAGGCGCAAUGGAGCACUAUUCAGAAAGGCAGGGGAGGGGGGGCAUGCAUUUUAAAGCGGUAGUAUAUUUCUGAAGUUAAAUUAUGUGUUGUGUUCGGUUUCAACAUUCACAGUAUGAAUAAGCUCUUUAAGCAUAUAUAUAGACACACGUAUAUAUAUAUCUACGAAAAGAAAGAAAAAUGCUUGUUUAAAAAAAACUCCUAAACUGUGUAUUGCUGUGUAACAGGCUGUACUCUACAGGAUUAUGUUUACCCUAUCCAGGUCACAUGUUCAAAGUACGGUGGCCUAGAAGGGCGAGUCACAACAACGAUACAAAUAGGGCCCUUAUUAUGCUGUUUUCCAAUCUAUGUUAUGAUGUUUCCUCAUCAGAAACGUACCAAAAACAUACAACUCCAGGUCUGUUUUUGAGGCGGUAACAGCAUUCUAACAUGGCUUAAACCUCACAAGAGUCAAUUUUGCGUAAUAUAAUACCUUUUAAGGAAAAAGGUAAAAGAGAAAAUAACUUAAAAGAACAAAAUAAGUUAAAAAAAUAUAAAAAGAUCAAAUAACAACAUAAAGAGGUAGCAAAAUAAUUUAAAGGUCUGUACACAAAAUUGAUUCUUGUGAGCUUUAAGCCAUGUCAGAAUGUUACCUCAUCAAAAAUACACCCAGAGCUAUGUUUUGUUUCAUUCACAUGUUUCACACUUUAUUAUUAGUCUGUCACAUCUCCAAAGCUCAAAAUGCUGUUUCACUUUGUGAUGCCAUGAAAUGGUAGUUUUCAAGUUAUCAGCUCUUUUUACCCUUUGUUUAGUCGACAUUGACAAUUCCAGGGCUGAAAUAAUCUCGUGAAGAUGUAUAGAGUUUAAAAACACAGUGGAGCACUUGCUGUAUUACGACAUGACAUCAUAAGGUGAAACAAGGUUUUCCUUUUCUGGUUGAGUGAAGAACACAGCCUAAAUAUGCAGGGCUUGUGUGUUAAAUGUGUGAAAGAAACAAAACACAUCAGGAAACAACAUUACAAUAUAUUACAUUGCAUUACAAUAGAUCAGAAAAUAGCAUAAUAUAGGCCCUUUAAAGGUCCACUAUGUAACUUUUCUUGUGGAGGUCUGCUUGAUGGAAAUAUUGCUUUGCCUAAAUAUUCCACAGGUUGGCAUUAAACUUAUCUAUAUUACAUUUAUUAAAUUACAGGUGGUUCUUAUUUCAGAAAAGGAAAAAAAAAACCUUGGCCUGCUGGUGUAACCUUCUUGUCUCCAUGGAGAUAUGUGUGAUACCAUACUGUGGAACAUUCUGGGCAAAGCAAUAGCUUAUGGAAAGAAGAAUCAAUUAAAAUUAAUUAUCCAGAUGACCAGAUGAACCGUAUUUGACAAUAACUUACGAAAACAAGCAGCUGAUAUAGUGCACCUUUAAACUAAUUGUAUAAAAUUCAGAAUUAAUAAAUGUGAAAUUUGGAUGGAAAAUUUUUAAUUCAAAAGUAAUACAAAUAUUUAGACAAGUCAAAGGACAAAACUGGCCAAAAGAAUAUAUAGAAUUUUAGUUUUUAUUUUCAAAUGUACAAAUUAUUAUUUUUGAAACAGUUCUACUUAACUUUAUUUACUUUGCAUUUUUCAACAAAACAUUUUGUCAAAGCAUUGUUUUGUUUUUAAUUUUCAGUCAUAACAUUUCAUGUUUACGUUUUUAAAAAAUGCGUUGUUGCGACUGUCUCUUCAUGGCCACUAUUCCAACCCUGUCUCGAACAUUUGGACAAAACAAAAAACCUAAAUGGCGGCACGUGGUUGCUCGUGUCUGCAUCUGGCCUUGCUUCAGGUAUUUCAAUCAGAGUCGAUAUACUCAGGUAAUUUAGGAUGAGUGUCCAUUAUGAGAUCUUAAAUACGGAAAACAAGUCACCUUUGGUUCUCAUUCCCAUUCCAGGCUAAACAUUGUUCCACUGAGUCGAGGACUGGAUUAUAAAAGGAAAUGUGUGGACCAAAUGCACUGUGAGGGGCAGGCUGUCCAGUAGAGCUGCACAAUAUAAUACAAACAAUGUAUAUUUGUUAACUGUAAUAAUAUAUUUUGGGGGAUAUUGGGGGGUAACUCCAAGUAAAUACAAGCGUUCUAUGAGGAAUCAUAUUUUAUGUAAUUAUUUUUGCCAUAUUGUUUAAAUCCCUACAUGUUGUAAUUUUAAACUCAAUAACUAGAAAACUUGUUACGUGAAAGACUUUUUUUUUUUUUCUAUUUGGACAUUUCAGUAACAAUUUUGCUAUGUAUUGUGCAGCCCUAUAGGUACAUAUAUGAUUAUAUAUAAAUGGUAAAAUGAGAUAUCGGGAGACCAGAAGUGGAUGAGUCUAACACUACAUUAUAAACCAAUCAGAAUCAAACACUGGAGUCAAGCCUGCUGCAGGGUUUACAAGAUUUAAUAUAUUUCAUUUUUAAUAUUUUGAUUAAAAAUGUAGAUAAUUCCAAAGGGAUAUUACAUUUCCUAAAAUUUGCCUAAGAUAUUUCACUGGCUUCGUUAUAUUUUUCAAAGUAAAAUUAUCUGAUUGUGUUUUUUGUUUUUUGUUUUUUUUGUUUCUUACCUUUUACUUCCUUUUUUAAAGCAAGUUUUAUCUUAUGUUAGAUCAUUUUGUUUUAUUUCGCACACAUUUCUCACUCGUCACAUUUUUCUGUCUAUUAGUUCCAACCAAAAUUGCAUUCAGCAUUUAAAAACUCAAUUUUUUAAAUCAAAUCUUGUCUCCUCUGCAUCCAGGCAACCUCCAGAUUUAAGACUGUUGAAAAUUAUCGUAAUUCCAUUGAAAGCAUUCCACUAGAUUCAUCCACUGCUUAACCGACUCACUCCAAGAUAUCCAUGCGCCUACAUUACACAUUACCACUGUACCUUUUUUAAGCUAUAGCACUUGAUGUGUCCAGUACUGACCUGAAACUUGCCAUUUCUGUACAAGGUUCUUUAAUUCCACCUAAAAACAUGUCUUAAAAUGACCCCAUGCUUUACCUAAGCUUCAAAGACAUCUCGACAUCACCCUAUGUAAAUGAUUAACCGCCUUCAUAUUUAUAACAUAAUCAGCAUUUACUAUUGCGUUCUAUCGUGCGCUUGUCUGACUCCACUCAUGUUUUGUAUAUACGUGGCUUUCUUAAGACGGCUAUGUCGUGGUUUCUUAAUCCAAAAGAUGUUCCAGCACCUUACCUACCUACCUACUGAGAGCUUUUUCCCAAUGUCCACAAAACUAUACUCAGCAUUGGUAGACGUGUGCAAUAAAUAAGGUGUUAUUGUCUCAUCUUGCAUUCCAGUUGGUUUUCCGGUGAAUGGCAGAAGAAAGGAAGGUAGGGUAGGAUGGGCAACGCUAGCUAGCUAGGUGUGUUAGCUAGCAGGUUUGUACGUUAUCGCUAAAGCCAUCACUCUACACGAAACCAGCACGGAGGAUGACCGGAGCACAGCACAGGCAGGUCAAAGUUCAUUUACUCUGCUCACCACAUCGGAAACUCCCUGUGUAACCUGCAGUGUCAACAGUUCAUGCACAAUGGCAAUAAAAAAGACUAUGGGUCG